GGCAAGACGCUGAAGGAUCUCAUCUAUGACAUGACCACCUCGGGCUCCGGCUCCGGCUUACCUCUGCUUGUCCAAAGAACAAUCGCCAGGACUAUCGUCCUGCAGGAAAUCGUUGGGAAAGGCCGGUUUGGCGAAGUCUGGCGUGGAAAAUGGUGCGGGGAAGACGUCGCUGUGAAAAUCUUCUUCUCCAGAGAUGAACGGUCCUGGUUCCGGGAGGCAGAAAUUUAUCAGACGGUUAUGCUGAGGCAUGAGAACAUCCUGGGCUUUAUCGCUGCCGAUAACAAGGAUAACGGGACGUGGACGCAGCUGUGGCUGGUCUCAGAGUACCAUGAGCAAGGGUCGCUGUUCGACUACCUGAACCGGGGCACGGUGACGGUGGAGGGCAUGGUGCGGCUGGCGCUGUCGGCGGCCAGUGGCCUGGCACACCUCCACAUGGAGAUCGUCGGCACGCAAGGCAAGCCGGCGAUCGCGCACCGAGAUCUGAAAUCUAAGAACAUCCUCGUGAAGAGGAACGAAAGCUGCGCCAUCGCGGACCUGGGCCUGGCGGUGAAGCACGACUCGGUGCUGAACACCAUCGACAUUCCCCAGAACCCGCGGGUGGGCACCAGGAGGUAUAUGGCUCCUGAGAUCCUUGACGACGUGAUGAACACGAGCAUCUUCGAGUCCUUCAAGCGCGCAGACAUGUACUCGCUGGGGCUGGUGUACUGGGAGAUAGCCCGGCGGUGCUGCGUGGGAGGAAUCACGGAGGAGUACCAGUUGCCUUACUACGACGUUGUGCCUUCUGACCCCUCGAUAGAGGAUAUGAGGAGGGUGGUUUGUGAGCAGAAGCUCCGGCCGAAUAUCCCAAACCAGUGGCAAAGCUGUGAGGCGCUGCGAGUGAUGGGCAGGAUCAUGCGGGAGUGCUGGCACGCCAGCGGCGCCGCGCGCCUCACCGCCCUGCGCGUCAAGAAGACGGUGUCGCAGCUCUGCGUGCAGGAGGACUCCAAAGCCUGA